UAGGUUAGGUUCAAAGUUUGUGACAGUGUGACAACAUAAGUACUGCAUUUUUCAACCCUUUUCGAAAAAAAUAUGACUUUUAAAAUAGAAAAAAUGUCAAAGAGAUUUAUGUGACCUUAACUUUUGACUUGAUCUUUGAACAAAGACUGAUGAAAUACAUAUUCUUUGUAACUCAAAUAAGGUUUAAGAAUAGGAAAUACCGUUAUUAAAGAAUUCCGGAAAUUGGUAAUAUUUCGUCAUACAUAUUUGAGCACUCUCGAAAAGACAAGAAAAAAGUAACGUGUGCCUUAUAAGUUUACAAAUAAGAAAUAAUUUGCCAGUGAAAAAUUUUUCAAUUAAUGUGCAUUAAAAAAUUGAUUUUAUCCGAUUUUAAAAUGUUUGCAAGAGUGACAUUCUAUCCUUCUCUAUUUUAUAAUGUUGUAAUGGAAAAAAUAUCAACUAGAAGAUGGUUUGAUAGAAUUGAUGAUACCGUUAUUCUUGGUGCUUUACCUUUUCGUGGAAUGACAAAACAGUUGAUAGCUGAAGAAAAUGUCAAAGCCGUAAUUUCCAUGAAUGAAGAUUAUGAAUUAACAUUAUUUUCAAAUAAUGGAGAGGAAUGGAAGAAACAUGGUGUAAAUUUUUUACAACUACCAACUGUUGAUAUUUUUGAAACGCCUUGUCAAGAAAUGUUACAAAGAGGAGUUGAAUUUAUUAAUCAAUUUCAAAAGAAUCAAUCUAUUUGUGAUCCAAUAAAACCGAAAGAGACUGUUUAUAUUCAUUGUAAAGCAGGGAGAACACGAAGUGCAACAUUAGUUGGCUGUUAUCUUAUGAUGAAACACACUUGGACGCCGGAAACCGCAAUAGAACAUAUAAGAAGUAAAAGAGAACAUAUUUUAAUUCACACAGCUCAAUGGCGAGCUUUAAAAACAUUUUACAAGGAAAAUGUAGCAAACGAAGUAGAAGCAAAUAUUAAUGGAAAUAGUUAAUGACAAAAAAAAUGUAAAUAUGUUAAUUAUUCUUAUACAUAAACUAAUUAAUUAAAAUACUAAUAUAAUCAGAGGUUCAGUGUUCAGGGAAAUUGGAAAAUUAAUAUUAGUGAGGGAAUUUUAAAUAUAUAUAAGACUCGCUGAACACUCUGUAAAGGAGUACCUCAAAUUAAGGGGAAAAAAGAUGUUUUCUUUUUUAAACUGGAAAUAAAUUAAUAAUAAUGUUUUA